CUCUUUAAAAUUAUAUGCAGGUGUAUGUAGUCUAUGGAUGGUCAUGACCCGGAUGAAAUUUUGUUACAGAACCACCAAAUGCUUACUGCUAUUCAUAAAGGAAGUGUUGAACAAGCCAGAGCAUCUCAUAUAUACAGCUACAGACAUGGUUUUAGAGGCUUUGCAGCCAAGAUGACAGAGGACCAAGCUUCCCAACUAGCCGAGAUGCCGGGAGUGGUGUCGGUGUUUAGGAAUAACAGGAUGGCAAGCUGGCGCAAGAAAUGUGUAUAUUUAAAACCAAAAUUGGAAAAAUUGGCAGCAGAUUACUGUCCGAGAGUGAAUGUCGCAGAGGGAGAAGAAAGAAUUUUGAUGACCAGAUUGCACACUGUUGCUGACAUUUUCUGCGUUGGGUGUGGAUCAAUUUUGGGAUGGAAAUACGAGACUACCCAUGAAAAUAGCCAAAAGUACAAGGAAGGAAAAUCUGUCCUUGAGUGGUUAGUAGAUAAUUGUUUUGAUGAGUCGAAGAAAGAGAUAUUUGCUAUGAAACCAAUCUUGGAAUAAAAACAUAAAUAAAAUAAAAAAGAAAAAUAAGUUGAGGAAAUUAGAAAAGCGUAUUUUGACAACACAACUUCAACUAUGAAAUAGUGUUUUCAAAGUAUAGUUUUGAAGAGUUUUACAAUAAGUUAAUUGAGUUUUACGAUAAGUAUGAAAUUACACUUAUGGUUUUAUCUAUGAAGCACGGGUGCGGGUAUGAGUACGGUACG